AUGAGGUUUCUUCGCGUCUCGUCAGAUGCACCGGAACCGGCGGGCGCCUUUCUCCCCCCGGGAUGCGCGACUUCUUCGGGCCGACUGUGGACGCCGCGGCGUCGCGACGUCCACUGGGCCGACGGCUGGACCGCCGUCACCAAGGACGGCAAGCCGAGCGCGCAGUUCGAGCACCAGCUGCUGAUGCACGAGUCGGGCGCAGAGAUACUGACCGCGCGCUUGCCCUUUGCCAAACUCGCCGCCGCUCUGGUGGGAGGAGGGCGCGCAACCAGGGGCCACGGCGCCCGUAUUGUAGCAGACGCUGUUUCAGACGACAUCGGCACCCCUUUCAACAGCUCCUUUGGGACCUCAUGGGACCUUAGGCACCUUUUCAGCUUCGCUCCGCCAUGCACGCUGUCACCGGCGUAUCACUGGGUCCGGACUGCUGGACGCACAGCUCACAGCUCACAGGACAGCUCACGAGGUGGCGCUACAUAG